AUGAAGAGAAACAACAGUUCUUUUGGAUAAUAAGAAGCUGUUUACCAUAUUUCAAAACCAAAUUCAAUGUAAGAAAUAAAUUCAUCAAUCUGCAUAAGUUAGGGUUAUUAAUAGAAUAGUUCAUUAAAUUAGUUAUAUGCAAAUAGGUUCCUAGGCGAAUGGAACGAGGAUAUGUAUACAGUUACAAGAAAAUACGUACCCACAUACACUAAUGGUUUGAAUUUAUACACUACAUAUUGUUCUCCACAAAAUCCGAUUGCUACUAUUGUGAUCAUACAUGGCUAUGGGGAUCAUUCAGGGAGAUAUUUUCAUGUUGCUGAUGAGUAUGCUAAAUUAGGCUUUUAGGUUAUUCUGUAUGACUAAAGAGGAUUCGGAAAUUCUGGAGGAAUUAGAAGUCAUGGUCACAUCAAAUAGAUGCACCAAGAUCUAGAAUGCAUCCUAUUGACCAUAGAAAGAUCCUAACCAAUCUUCUUACAAUGCUAAUCAUUGGGAGCUGCAGUUGGAUUAAGUUUUUGUAUUUCGAAUCCCUCCUUGAUUCUUUAAGGAGUCAUAGUUGUUAACCCAUAUCUGAAAUUUGCUUAGAAAUACGGAAUCCUCAAGAAGAUGCUACUAACAUUGAUGAAUAAGAUGAUUCCAGGAUUGAUGGUCAAUUCCUAUAUAGAUUUUGGGCAUUGCAGUAAAAAUAACAAUGUCAUCAAAACAGUAGCUGAGGAUAGUCUAGUCCAGCCAUUUAUGAGUAUUGGGAUGGCUUAUAAUAUAUUGUAACUAGAAUAGUAUAUAUUGCCUAAUGUACAAUCAUUUGCUUAACCACUCUUAAUUUUACAUGGCAAAGAGGACAAAGUGGCUAGUCAUAUGAAUUCAGUUGAGCUUUAUCGACUUGCUGGAUCAAAGGAUAAAACCUUAAAGUUGUUCGAUAAAGGAUUCCAUGAAUUGCAAAAUGAUAUUGAAUUUGAGAGAGUCAAAAACCUAAUAACCACCUGGUGUCAGAAAUAAAUAAACAAAGAUAAAAGAAUAAGCUAUUUUAGAGAGUUAAACCAUGGUUUGGUAGCAAAACACACGAAUAGUACAAAAAUGAUUCUUGUUUAAUGGAUAUUGAUAUAUUUUAUGUUGAGAAAUAAAAUGAAAAAUCUUGGAGGAUUAGCACGAUUUGUUUGUAUACUAGCUUUAAUGAUUGCAUCACUGAUUGUACACAUUAGGUGGUGAUUUAUGAUUUUUAUCUAUUAAAUUAUGAUGUAGCAUUUUUUCUAAA